UACCGUUUAAAAAGAUAGACCUAUGAAGUAAUGGUAACAAUCAUUAAAACUCGUGCAAAGGUGUUUCAAUAUUUCCAUUCUGCGGGAAAAGUGGACCUGUCGUUCCUUUUAAUUCUUCUUGGAAUAGUUUUUGGUGUGCUUCUUUCAUCGUCAACAAUGGCUGAAAAAACCGCAGAACUCCAAGUCCUGGAAAGCAACAGGCAAUUUACUACCAGUCUCUACAAUGUUUUGGCUGAAAAAGCAGGAAAUGUCUUCUUUUCCCCAAUCAGCGUGCACGCUGUUCUUUCCAUGUCCUAUCAAGGUGCCAAAGGUACAACUGCUGAAAAGUAUGCUGCUACACUGAACGUGCCUGAAGCUAAAGCUGCUGCAGAAGGUUACAACGUUGUGAUGAACCGCCUGAAUUCCGUUCCAAAUGUUACACUUCUUAUGGCUAAUAGAGUCUAUCUGAUGGACGGGUAUGAACUUGUUCCAGAAUUCAGCAACGCCGUCACUAAAAAUUUCCUGUCUGAAGUGCAACUAGUCAAUUUUGGGGCAAAUGAAGCCGCUGCUGCAACUAUCAACGCUUGGGUAGAAGAGAAGACAAAAGAGAAGAUCAAGGAUUUAAUCAGCAAGGACGAUUUAAAUGGCUUGACGCGUUUAGUACUUGUAAAUGCCAUCUACUUUAAAGGCGACUGGAAGCAUAAAUUUGACAAGGCAGCCACCAAAACUGAACCAUUCUAUCUCAAUGAUGUAGAUUCGAUAGAUGUGUCAAUGAUGCAUACUAAAAAGAAAUUCAAUUAUAAAUCAGAUGAAGCGCUGGAUGCUCAAAUUUUAGAAAUGUCGUACACUAACGAAGAUCUGAGCAUGUUCAUUAUUUUGCCGAACAAGAGAAAUGGAAUUGCUGAAUUGGAAAAGAAGCUGGCCACUGCUAACUUAACUGAAAUAACACAACAUAUGUGGAACACAGAAGUUAAUGUAGCUUUACCAAGAUUCAAAGUUGAAACAACCAUGGAUUUAAAAGAUUCUUUAACUAAGCUUGGACUUGGUGAAAUUUUUAGUCCAGGUUCAGCCGAUUUCAGUGGUAUGAUUACUGCAAAAGAACAGCUAUACGUCAGCAAAGUAAUACAGAAAGCUUUUAUUGAAGUAAAUGAAGAAGGGGCUGAGGCAGCUGCUGCUACUGGUAUGAUUAUGAUGAUGAGAUGCAGUUUAAUUACUCGCCCACCACCAGAAUUUAUAGCUGAUCAUCCCUUCAUUUACAUUCUGGCCGAAAAAAAAACGAAUCAUCUUUUCGCUGGGCGUCUUUCUAACCCCAGCUUGUAAUGGUUUUCACAAUUUAAAUCGGUACGAUGGUUAUGUAAAAUAAAUAUGUAGCCACUUUUAACUCAAUAAAAUUGUGUACAGGUUCCUUUAUAUCGUGUAAAUCACACAUCUUGUUGAGCAAUUUUUUUUUACGUAAUAACCAUCAGCUUCACGUUAAUAAAAUGUCGUUAAGUCGGUUACAAGACUUGUAUGCAAAUUUAUUGAACACUGUAUUAGAAAAGUCAAACAAAUCUGUUGUAUUAGAGGCCAUGACAUAAUAGAACAAGUAGAAUAUUAAGUACAUCAAUUACAAAAUUAAUCUAAAGUAGUUAUUGUAUUGUGUGUAUUUUAAAGAAAUGAUUUUAAUAGGUUAGGAAGUGUUUAAUUUCCAACAAAAUUUCUAUUGUAACUAAAACUAACUGAUCACGUUCGGGGACAUGUGUUCUAUGUUUUUUGAUUGACAUUGAGAAUUUCUGUUUAGUUUAAAUAUUACAAAAUUUCUUGCUAAAUAAGUGUUAAUAACUGAAUUGUACCAUUUGCUAUAGCUUGAUUCAGUCCAUUAACAAAAAUUAUUUUUGUACAGGUUUCAUGGCAGUAGCGUGUUCGUUCGUAAUGUAUCCAGUAUUAUUCUUUACUGUUGACCACCCAUUUAUCUAUGCACUAAUGCAAAAAUCGGGAGAUACAAGAAAUAUUUUGUUCUUUGGAAAAAUGAUAAAACUCUAAUUAUUAUUUCAGUAACAUCUUCAUAUAAGUACUUCAUACCUUUCUAGUAUUCUGUAUUUUGUUAGCAUUUCUGAAAUACAUAUGUGCCUUAGAAAUAAAUAUAUUGAUAUUUU